CGUGACUAUCGUGGAUCCUCUGGGGAGCCUCAACAACAUCAUGAUGCUGACGAGGCAGAGAAAAGUCUCUUCAGAUCAGAACAUCUCAAGAAACACCAGCGGAGACCCACAGGAAAGAAACCUCACUGCUGCUCUGACUGUGGGAAACGUUGCAAAUCUUCAUCAGAACUUAAAAUACACCAGCGAGUACACACAGGAGAGAAACCUUAUAGCUGUGAUCAAUGUGGGAAGAGUUUUACUCAUUCAAGUAAUCUGAAAACACACCAGCGGGGACACACAGGAGAGAAGCUUCACCACUGUUCAGAUUGUGGGAAAAGCUUUUCAACAUCACAGAAUUUGAAGCUGCACCAGAGAACCCACACAGGAGAGAAUCCUUAUAGCUGUGAUCUGUGUGGGAAGAGAUUCACUCAGUCAGCACACUUGACUAUACACCAGAGAACCCACACGGGAGUGAAUCCUUAUAGCUGUGAUCGGUGUGGGAAAAGUUUUUCUCGUAUAGAACACCUUAAAGAACACCAGAGAACACACACAGGAGAGAAACCUUAUAGCUGUGAUGUAUGUGGGGAUAGUUUUACUACAUCGGGCCAGCUGGUAGUACACCAGCGAGUACACACAGGAGAGAAACCUUAUAGCUGUUAUCAGUGUGGCAAGAGUUUUACUCAGUCAGGCAACCUGAAAUCACACCAGAGAACACACACAGGAGAGAAACCUUAUAGCUGUGAUCAAUGUGGGAAAAGCUUUGGUAGAGCUAAUUAUCUGACUGAACAUAAGCAAACACACACAGGAGACAAACCUUACCACUGCUCUGACUGUGGGAAGAGCUUUGCUUCCCAAAGAAACCUGACACAACACCAGAGAACACACACAGGAGAGAAGCCUUAUAGCUGUGAUCAAUGUGACAAGAGAUACUCUCAUUCAAGUUCUCUGAUUAAACAUCAGAAAAUACAUGCAGGAGAUCCACAGAGUGUGGAAUGAUCUCCAACACCAGACCUAUAUACAUGCAGGAGAUCCACGAAGGAAAGAUAGUGAUGGCGCUCAGUGACGUUGUAAAUGGUGGGGAAUAACCAAUCAGCUGUGAACGCUUUAGCAUGCUCGAGACAACCAUGGUGAAUGUGACUGCAGGCUACAUCAAGUGUUCCAAUGGCAAAACGUUUGAUUUAAGAAUAUUGUGUUCCAAUGGCAAAACGUUUGAUUUAAUUACAUCAAGUGUUCCAAUGGUAAAACAUUUGAGGAAAUUACAUCAAGUGUUCCAAUGGUAAAACGUUGACAAUGAUUUCACGAGGCCUAUUUCACAUGAUAUGCCUAAGUGCUUAUAACCACUAGGCUAAUAUAUAAACAUGUUUUUCUUUCGAUUAUCAAGUUAUCCCUUUGGAGCGCAACAUCACGUUGUUAAAAAACAAAACAGGUGGGGUUUUAGGAGGGGU